UGCUCGUCCUUUGAGCUUCCUGCGAACGGUAUCUUGACGCUCAGCAACGGAGAAACAAUCACUUUAGCUGCCGAUGCGCUUUUCCAACCUGCCUGUCUUUCCGCCGCCACGAACACUAUCGACACUCUUUCGCUCAAACCGGCCAUCAUUGGGAACAAUGGUGUCAGCAUGGACGAAACCUCCUCGGUAUCCACGGGAUCGUCCUCUGACCCCACGGCCUCCGACUUUCGCGACCCCUUCUACGCCUCUACGUUUCCGCAAUGCUAUGCGCUCGCUGCAACCACAAUUAUUGCGUACACGCUGUGCAUUAUGCUGUUCAUCGCACCCAGGUCUUUCUUAGACGGUGGAAUUGUUGUACUAGGACGCCGUGGUUUCACAAACGGCCCAGCAAAUGGAAUCAGCAUUGGUGGAAGGCCCUGGCUUCAGAAGGUUGCGGCUUUGACCGUCGCCAUCUCGUUGACGAUUGCUACCGCCGACACGUUCCGCGUGGCCGAGGAUCAAUAUGCCACCGGCAUCCAGAACGCUCAGGCGCUCCAGGACGAAGUACUGGAUGGAACGCAGCUCAAGGUCAUCAGGCUCAUCUCUGAUACCUUCCUCUGGUUAGCUCAGGCUCAGACCCUCAUUCGCCUAUUCCCGCGCCAGCGCGAGAAGGUUAUCAUCAAGUGGACUGCAUUUUCCCUGAUCUCUCUGGAUGUCAUUUUCGGUGCUCUCAACAGUUUCCUAUACGACGGACACACAAACACCAGGCCCGCCAAUUUCACGGACGCAGUACCGGCUCUGAGCUACUUGUUUCAGCUUUCCCUGGGGCUUCUCUACGCCGCAUGGGUCAUUUAUUACUCCUUCAUGAAGAAGAGAUAUGCGUACUAUCAUCCGCUUAUGCGGAAUAUCAGCCUGGUCGCCAUACUAUCCAUAAUAUCUAUACUGGUGCCUGUCGUGUUCUUUAUUCUGGAUAUCUCCAAGCCGGACUUCACUGGCUGGGGCGACUAUGUUCGGUGGGUGGGAGCGGCAGCAGCCAGCGUAAUCGUCUGGGAGUGGGUCGAGCGCAUUGAAGCAUUGGAAAGAGAAGAGAAGAAGGACGGCAUCCUAGGCAGAGAAGUUUUCGAUGGAGAUGAGAUGAUGGACGGGCCCGGCUCAGAGUUCAUGUGGCCCCGGAGACGCAGAACGAAGAAGAAAACAGACGACGACGAUGGCGGUGAGAGUGGUCAAGGAAGAAGCGACAGGGCAUCAUCCACUGAGCGGAGUAACAUGUGGCCAGAAAUGUCUUCGAUCGCAAGCCGAUAUAUGUCGAGGUCGGGCGGCAACACUGAAGAGAGGGAGCCCAAGGCAAAUAAUAAUGCACCGGCUGCAGGUAGAUCAGCAGCAAGCCGGUUCCUUCAGCCUCCAUUGUGGAUAUCACGUCCGCCACCAGCAGUUACUCCUGUUAGCCGAACAGACACAGCAAGCGCUGACAGUACGGUCUACGCUGUACGAUAUCAACCUCUGACAGAAACCACUUCCCGGACAACAGCAGAGGAUAGAUUGGAUCGGCCGGUUACCAGAAGCAACAGCAGGAUUUCCGUGGUCAGACCAGGCAGUCCACCACGAGUCGAGGAGGCUGCAGCAGUAGUGUCAGCUGCACAGCCCAAAAAAGCAGAAACGAAGCCACCAGGCUGGCGAUCCCGGCUCGGGUUAACAAGCGGUGCAAAUGCGCCGCCUGCAGAAGUUGUUCCUCACACGCAAAAACCUCAACCUCCUCAACGUGAGUAUGAGAGUCGAGGUUGGUGGGAUGUCAGAGACAGGCUCGAAGAUUUUGCAGCUACGCAAGCAGAAAGAUUCAGAGAGAAGAUGAAGCCACCACCUGAUACCGAAAGCCUUGAAGUUGUUGUUAUUCCUGCGCCGCCUCGACGUGGUGCGGCACUUGCGCAAGUGCUAGAGGAAGAG